CGAACACACCGUACCAUUCAUCCGCAAACCAUCUCCACGCUCAACACAUUACUCCCGCCAUAGAAAUGGCAGCGACCACCGACUUUUGCCGCAUUAAGCUUGUUCUAUCAGAAACCAAUCCCGGCCGCCUCCGCCGUCCCGCUAACUUCACUCGCUCCGGCUAUUUCAGUUUGAAUAUAACGGAAGGCAAACCCCGCCGUACAAAUUACUUAUCCACUGAUAAACUUGGUGGUUUGGGGGUCUGCGGCCAGGCUAAUGAAACCGGUUUUCAGCCCCAACGCGCCGCUCCUUCUUACACCAACAUUGAACUCGCGGCUUGUGCCGGCAAAGACCGCCUCUUGAAGGUGCCAUCGUCAAAUAUAAGGAACUUCUGCAUUAUAGCACAUAUUGAUCAUGGGAAAUCCACACUGGCAGAUAAAUUGCUACAGAUGACUGGCACAGUUGAAAGCAGAGAGAUGAAGGAGCAGUUUCUUGAUAAUAUGGACUUGGAGAGAGAACGAGGCAUCACCAUCAAACUGCAGGCUGCAAGGAUGCGUUUUAUGUAUAGAAAUGAACCAUAUUGCCUGAAUCUCAUUGACACACCUGGUCAUGUUGACUUCUCCUAUGAGGUUUCUCGCUCUCUCGCCGCCUGUGAAGGUGCUCUUCUAGUUGUAGAUGCCUCCCAGAUUGGAUUCCUCAUUUCUACAGUUCGGGACAAUUUAUUGUCUAGUGAUGCUAUACUCAGCCUUUCUGGUUCUUUGUGUUGUGUUCUUCGAGUUUCCACAGGACGACUUGAUCAUAAUCUCCCAUUGGCAUUUGAAAAUUAUUCACUAGCGACUCAUGGUCGUGGGCUCGUGGCAGAUGUGGUGGGUCGUAGUCGCGAAAUAUACUCAUCUAGAGGCCUUUACUCUUGUGUGACUCAUGUAGAGGCCUUUACUCUUCUGUUCAUUGCGGUCGCUCUAAUCGUGUGUUUGAGAAGUGUUGGGCGAAAUUUGGCAAGCCCAGCAAACACUAUAUCCACUAUAUCUGAUGAUCGUGAGCACCUCCGGGUUUUGGAUCUGCAGAACGACGAUUGGUAG